AUGAAUCAAUAGGAGAAUGCGAUAAAAGGUGUUCUAAAACAAUAAUUAAUCGUUGACUCUGAAAGUGGUCCAUAUAAGACUAUUCAGGAAGCCAUUGAUAGGGCAGAACCUAACACAGUUAUAAAAAUAGCUCCAGGACUUUAUUCCUCCAACAUUGUUAUCAAUAAACCCGGAUUGCGUCUGGAACCUAAAGAAAAGGUUGGAGAUAUCAUUAUAGUUGUGUCCUCCAAACCUACUAUUUUGGUGGAUUUAAAAAAGGACGAACGUUGCACCUUGAUAGGAUUGAAAAUGUCACACAGUGGAACAAGCGAAGAGGUGGAGGAAUUAGAAAAAUUGAUAGAAGGUUAGGAGAUGGCAAAGCAUCUCUUUGGGAGUCAUGAGGAUGGAGCUGGUGGUUUGGAGUAGAAUCCAGAUGAGGAGUUUGUAAGCAAAGUGACAAUAGAUUCUAGUUUGAAUUGCGUAGUGCUAUUGAAUGGAGGCAAACUAUUUAUGGAAGAUUGCAUUAUCGCAUUAAAUUUCAUCGUGAAAUCCUUUAAAGGCAUAUUGCCAGGUAUAGCUGUGAAUCAAAAUGCUGAAGCCCUAUUCAUUAGAUGUGAAAUCAAAGGCACUUCCUCAAAAAAUUAAGAUGCCAAGACAAUAGGUAUUAUAGUGAAAUUAGGAGAUUUGAUUAUCAAGGAUAGCAAGAUCCACAAUCAUACAUAUGGUGGUAUAUUGAUAUAACAGGCACCAACUAAUAAAAAUGUUCGUGUUAUGAAUAGCAAAAUAAUCCAAAAUAAAAAAGUGGGAAUACAUGUUGUUGGGUCAGAUGCAAUUCCUUAAAUAGAGCAAUGUAGAAUUGAAAAUAAUGAAGGACCAGGAAUUAAAGUAGGUAUUGGAAACAGGGCCAGGAUUUAUGGAAACGAAAUAAAAACUAAUGUUGUAGGAAUAGAAGUGCUAUCUGCUGAUCCGUAGAUAUUUAAUAAUAAAAUUGAUAAGAAUUUCACUGAUGGCAUAUUAACCAAAGUAUUCGAACAAUUAAGAUGUGAUGGUAAGAUUAAAACUAAUCAAACAAUAUCUGGAAAUAAGGAAAAUGGUAUUCAUUGCACUGGGUAAAAUAAUUAUACCAGGAUCGAAUAGAAUGCCUUUAUAGGAUAUAAUAAGAAGGCAGGAAUCAAAGCUGAUACUGAAUCUCGUAUUUCAAUAUAUAAGAACAAGAUUACAAAAAAUCUAGGUUAGGGUGUAUUAUUAGUAGAGACUUCAUCUGCUGUCAUUGAAAAAAAUGAAAUUACUGAUAAUAUCAAAGCUAAUAUUGCCUUAGGCGGUGCCAAUUCUGUAGAUACAUUUAUAGUCGAGAAUAAAAUUCUGGGAGGGAGAUGUGAAGGUAUCUUCUUAAUUGAAUGUGGAAGGUGUUGGAUAUUUAGAAAUAAGAUUGCUGAAAAUAAUGAUGGAAUUGUUUGUAUAACAGCUGUUCCAAUUAUUAGUGGAAACGAAAUUUAAAAGAACAAAAGCAAUGGGAUUAUGAUUAUUAAAGAUAGUAGACCUGAAAUCAUUGAAAAUAAAAUAAAUCAUAAUGAUGGAAUAGGAUUGUUUAUUAGGGAUAAAAGUCAUGGAAAAAUACUUAAAAAUGAGAUUAAUGCUAAUGAGAUUGAAUUAGUUGUUGAAAGGAGGAAUCCUUCUUUGGAAUCUAUUGUAUAAGAUAACUAAGUAUCUGGAGAUAUUAGGAUACCAUAAAAUUAUGAUUGUACAAUUUAAUGA